CCCGGCGAAGGAUUUCAGGAUUUUUCUCCUCCUUCGACCGAAUCGUCUUACCAGGACAUAAUUCAUUAUGUGACGGGUGACGUGGACGACGAUGAUGUGGCAUUUCUAGCCCUGACAGAUUCCACUGACACCGAGUCAGAGUUCGGAUUACCGUUGUCCGAAUUCAUGGACUUUGACGAUGAAGAUGACGAGGAAUUUGAUCCACGC